UACCUCAGAGCUCAGAUAUAAAAACCAGCUCAGGUGUGUGCAGUGAUGUUGCCUAUGGCAACCAAUCAGAUUCCAGCUUACUUCCUGCAUCUGAAAUAAAAGUGCUGACUGGGUUUUUUGAUGUUUUCCUGGUGUUUAAAUUUGCCCAUUGCGUGUUCAACAUGACUGAAGUUAACCUUAGCCAUUUUGACAAGCUACUCUUGGAGCUAGUUUUUCAGAAUGAACAAGAAUUACAGAAUAAGAGAUAUGCCAAGGAACUUCUUCAACGUUAUCAAGCUAAAAUCAUACAUGAAAAACAACAAAUUCAGACUAUAAAAAGGGAUAUAAGCUUAAGUGAUGAAAUUAUUUCAGAUUUACAAAAAUAUAGUAGAAAUAACAGUGAUGGUCUUGUUAUGUCUACAUCAACAUUUGUUGUGUUGGAAAGAGAAGAAGAAUUUCUUCAAACACAGUUGGAAAAUGCCAUAAAGGCAACAGAAAAUGAUAAAAAUACCUUUCAAGAUUCCUUGGAGAAAUGUAAAGAGGUAUUAAAGCAACAUGAAGAGAAAUAUAUGGAAUUCACAUUAGCUAAGGAAUACCAUACAAAAAAAGAAGAGCUUGACAGUGUUCUGAAGGUGAUACAUACAUAUGACGAGCAGCAGAAGCUAAAGGACAAGAUCAUUCUAGAUAUUUUGAAGCCUGCAUCGUUUGGAUCCUAUAAUGAGUGGAGUUUGAAGCUUGCAACUUUGAGAAACAACACCAAUAAAACCAUCCAUCAUAUUUUUCAAACAUCACGUACAGCAUCUGAAAUAAUGCUGAAAAUCGAUGAACUUGAACAAAAGAUAAAGUAUAUUGAAAAGGAGAGCAAAGAUAUUUUUGAAAAGGAAAAUGAAACAGGAAGAGAAGACAGCAACAAAAAACAAACAACUGAACUUCAACACAUCAAGGUCAAUGAAGAAGGAGCAAGACUAACCCAAGCAAAAGAAAGGAAACCACACCUAUUACAACUCCCAAACUUGCUACAAAGGUUAAUGCGACCACCUAAAGAGACACAGUUACCUUUAAAGCUCAGUAAAGCAGGAACAGACAACAGAGCAGUUGUUGGUGAUCCCCAAAAUAACAACAGCAUUGUUUCCAACCAGGACCCUUGUGUGAAAAUGGAAAUACAGACAUCACUUAUUAAUAAUGGAAGUAAAGGCAUUAUUUCACCAACAACAAAUGUUCAGCGACAAGGUCAGCUAAGGUUGGGUCUUAUUCAAAUGCCAAUCCAGUCAAAGCUGGAUCUCAAAGAAUCAGAAGUCAGAAGACAACAGUUCACUGAAGUGCCAGAUAAUUCCAAAGAUUCCGGUUAUGUUUCUGAGGGAAAGUCUGCAAGUUUCGAAGACAUGGACUGCUUAACUGAUGGAGAAAUGUCAUCAAAUCAAGUAUUUGCUUUGCCACAGAUUCCAUCGCCCUUUAUUGUACCUGACCCUCCGUCAGUUUCAACAAAGACAUCAAUUCGAAAAUGUGAACGAAACAAAGGAAGAAAAAGUCAGAACAUCACAAAAUCUGCAAUAAACUUAUUCUCCAGAACAUCAAAAAACACAGAUGCAUCUUCUUGUUUAAAUCUUUUUAAGACUUCCACACCUAAAACCCCUAAUCUUAGUGGUUUUAAAUCAUUUGCAACAGUAAGAUUUCAAGAUCAGGAAGAUAGCUUUAUUGCACCAGACACAAAUCCAGAAUCACCUACAAAAGACAUAGGAAAUAUAUUCCAGAACAUGGAGACAGAUGAUGAUUUUUCAUUUUUGUUUGCUUCAAAGCCUUCUCAAGCUUCAGAUGUUGAAAAAGAUGACUUUGCCUUCAUGUUACCAUUUGGACAGGAUAGAAGAAACUCUGUGGAGUCUGAAUCCACUGAAAGCCAAACAAAAUUUUCAUUUUUUUAGGUCCACAUGCCUCCUUUAAUUCAGUAUCAGAGAUGACAUAUCUAAUGAUCAUCUGCAUGAUACAUUUAACAUAAUUUAGAAUACUUUGUAUAAGCAUGUUACAUUUUCAUUGAAAAAUAAUAUUAUUGCAUAUGCUUGAAAAAUAAUAUUAUUAUGACCUUGCAUAUCUUGUACUAAUCCUGAGUUUCAGCCUAAAUUAUAUGCACUCUUUGUUGGUUUGCUCUGAAAAAUUACAUUCUAGAAUGUAGGGUUCUUACUCUAUACAAUGUCAACAAGCAUGUCAGCUGAAUUAUGAAUGUAGCUCUGGACUAUAAAAUAACCUAAUAUGAAAUAUAAUAUAGUAGUCAGGAUCAUUACAAGCUAGGUAUUACAAUGUAUUUACAAAGUUCCUCAACUGUUAUGUAGACGUUAAACCUUAGUUCUAAAUAGGCCUUCUAAUUAUUUCUAGUUUACAAAUAUAUUGUAGCAGAUAGAUACAGAAACAGUGCCACCUAUGUCUACAGCUUGUGUCUAGCACUGCAGCU